AUGAAACAGCCCCUGAUCCUGUCCCUUCUCCUGCUGGGGACAGUUUCUGCUUCUUAUCUGGAGACCACUCGCCACCAUCAGGAGAGCCCAAAGAGAGAGCCAGACCUGUGGCAGGAUGCAGAUGGUUCAAGGGAUCAGGGAAGAGAUUUGACUUUGACCCCAGAGACAAUGUGGACAGAGGAAAAGGAGACUGAGGGUUCCAAACAUCAAGACAUCUUUGAGGAUGAGGAGUCGGACUCAACAUGUCCCAGAAAAGAGGACGUAGCUCAUUUUCAGGGAACUCCUGGGUGCAAGAGCUGUCGCUAUGUGCUGGUGAGGACUCCCAAGACUUUUGAUAAAGCUCAGUGCGUCUGCAGGAGAUGCUACCGAGGUAACCUUGCUUCCAUCCACAGCUACAGUUUCAACUUCCAAAUUCAGUGCCUGGCCAGGAAGAUCAACCAGUCUCACAUCUGGAUUGGAGGCAUUCUCAAGGGCUGGUUCUUCUGGAAGAAGUUUCGGUGGACUGAUGGGAGCUGUUGGGAUUUUGGAAACUGGGCCCCAGGGCAGCCUGGGAAUGGGGGGGGACACUGUGUGACUCUGUACACCACAGGGGGCCUUUGGCAAAGAGCUUCCUGCAAGACUCGCCUGCCUUUCGUCUGUUUCUUCUAAGCUGGAGGAAGACCCUACCUCGGAA